GGAGGAGGAGCGUCCCGGUGAUGAAUGCAGUGAUUAUUCAGGUGAAGAAAACUCCGCUGUUGGACACAGAACCUCCUCAGUGAGUCCGUGAGGAAGGAGACCCACAGGAGACCCACAGGAGCACCAGAGGAGGAUGAGUGACGUCCGCUUGGGUUCAGUUUCCUCCGCCGUCUCCAAGGUAACAGGCCCGCCACCAGGAUGCAGUUCCUGCAGCAUCGAGCCUCCGGCCUUCGUCCUUCCUCCUCGCAACGCCCGGGUGGUCCUGGGAGGAGACGCCCGACUGGAGGGGAAGGUGCGAGGUCAUCCUGAGCCUCAGGUCACAUGGCACAGAGAGGGGAGCCCUGUGAUUGGUGGAGAGCGCUGCGUUGUGCAGCAAGGUGGGCGGGGCACCUUCAGCCUGGUCGUGGGCGGAGUCAGAAAGGAAGAUGUGGGCCGUUACACCUGCCAGGCAACCAAUCAGGCGGGGAGCCGUCAGGUGACUGUGGAGAUCCUCCUGGAAGAGAAUUCUGGGAAGAAAUACGGCCUCCCGUCCGCCAUGAAAACAGGGUGUCGCUCUGCCGUCCCGUCGGUGGGGAACAGGCCCAGUAUCUGGGGGGAGAGUCCGCCCAAGUUUGUCACUAAACCGAGCCGAGUAUUCGCCAAGCCAGGACAGACCGGGAAGUUCAGCGCCAAAACAACAGGACGCCCACAACCCCAGGUCACAUGGCACAAGGGGGAGGUGGAGCUUCAGUCUUCUGUGCGGAUCAGUAUGUACGAGCGCUCUGGGCUGCACUUCCUGGAGAUAAAGGAAGUGUGUGUGGAGGAUGCAGGAAGUUACACGUGUUUGGUGAUCAACAGCGCCGGGACAGCAACGGCCUCCACUACGCUCCACGUCCAGGGUGUUCCUCAAGACUCGUCCAGCAUCGUCACCUCAGCUGAGUCCACACACACCAGCAGCAGUAACCUGACAGCUGCUCCCAGUGGUCCCAGUGCUCCCAGCACCCAGGCAGAGCAGCCCAGGCCCAGGGAGAGGGAGCAGCAGAGCCCCCUGUCUCAAACAGCCUCCUCCUGGAGGAGCAAACCUCCUGUACAGCUCCCUCUUGUGGCUGAGAGGAGAACUGCAGCUGCCCAGGUCCAGUCAGUCUUUAGUCCUGAUCCAGGUCAGACCAGUUCAGUCCAGCAGGCAGAGAGCAGCUCAGUCAGCAGCAGGGUUGUGAGGAGGUCGGUGACGGGGUCCAACCUGCGGUUCGAGGCCGUUCCUCUGGACCAGGAGGCCACAGAAGGAGCACAGGUCACAUUCACCUGCCAAGUCUCCUCUGUGGCCUUUGCCGUGGUGACAUGGCUGAAGGACGGGGGUCCAGUGAGGACGGGUCUGCGGCAGAGACAGGAUGGGACACGUCUCAGUCUCACCAUGGACAGAGUGAGACAGGAGGAUGAGGGGACGUACAGGUGUCAGCUGAUCACUGCUGGAGGACUCACUGUCCACUCUGCAGAAUGGACACUCCGUGUCCUCAAGAGUCCUGUUCCAGCUGGUACUCAUUCCUCAUACGUCGAGGGCGUGGCCUCACUGACCAUCCACAGCACAUCACGGCGUGAUGACAGAGCAGAGAGCAGCGCCAGAGUCCAGUUCAAAGACAGACGGCAGGGCUGCAGGUCAAAGGUCACAGAGGUCAGAGGAGUGUGUGAGGCUCCUCGAUUCAUACGCUGCCUCGCCGACCUGAAGGUGAUGGACGGCAGCAAAGUUACCAUGACGGUGGAGCUGGCUGGUAACCCCCCUCCAGAGGUGGUGUGGCUCCAUGACGGGCAGGAGGUGACAGAGUCUGAAGACUUCCACCUCCUCAGGGAGGAGAACCGUUGCACUCUGCUGAUCCAGGAGGUUUUCCCUGAGGACAAUGGGACAUACAGCUGCCAGGCCUGGAACCAGUACGGAGAGGACCACACCCAGUGUCAGCUCACUGUGGAGGAGCCUCAGGACGGCGUUCAGCCCUGGUUCAUCACCAAACCCAAACCGGUGAGCGCCGUUGUGGGUCAGCACGUCCUCCUGUCCUGCGCCAUUGCUGGAGAUCCAUUCCCCCAGUAUACCUGGACCAGAGCUGACCUGAGCCAACCUCUGACCUCUGGAGGAGACUACGAACUGCUGCAGAAAGAGGACGUCACCUCACUGCUGAUCAGGAGAGUUAAAAAGCAUCAUGCUGGAGACUACCUGAUCACUCUGAGGAACAAUGUUGGGGAGUGCAGCGCUUUGGCCUGUCUGUCCGUCACUGGUGGAGAAACGGACAGGACGAGAGGACGAGAAGGAGGAGCAGGAGAGGACGACAGCCCUGCAGCAGGAGGAAGAGGAGGAGGAGGAGCAGCAGCUGGUGGGACCGCUGUGCUGAGAGGAGGUGCCAGAGAAGGAGGCGUGGAGCAGAGAAGCAGCAGCAGCAGCCGUGGUGUCAGUCGGCAGUGGCAGGAGGCCAACCAGGAGCAGAAGGAGAACCAGCAACUCCUGCACCUGCACAAGGAGGAGAAGAAGAAGAAGGAGGGCAACCAGGACUCUGCCACCGCCACCACCGCCUCUGCCGCCCCCCGAGGCCUCCUCAAGCGCUGUGUGGAAACCAGGGAGCGCGGUGAAGAGGAGCUGCGACAGAGGGAGGCGCAGCAGCUCGACUUCCGCUCGCUUCUGGGACGGCGAGCUCUCAACGCCAAAAACAACCAGGAAGAGGAGCUGAGGGAGGCCGGCCUCGCCGCCGCCGCAGAGCACAGCCACCAGAUGGAUUUUAAGGCCAACCUCAAAGGUGUCAAAGCCAAGGUGGAGGAUGACCGUAAGGGGAACUCCCCGCAGCAGGUCGACUUCCGUAGCGUGCUGGGGAAGAAGGGCGCCGCCAGCAACGGCAACAAACCUGCAGAGAUGCCUGCAAAGAACUCUGCUGACUUCCGCUCCGUCCUCGCCAACAAGAAGAAGCCAGGUAGCCCCGAGAAGAACGGGGAGACCGGGAAGGCCGCAGUGAACAACUGCGUUGAUGGAGGGAUUAACGAGAAGAAGAGUGGAGGUGGAGGAGGAGGAGGAGGAGGAGGGAAGGCGCCAGAGAUGGUGGAGAAGCUGAGCGACGUGACAGUGCUGGAUGGACAGCGGCUCCGGCUGCAGUGCCGCCUCGCCUCCUCGGACCCUGCAGAUGCCACCGUCACCUGGACGCUGGACGGGAAGAUCAUCAAGCCGUCCAAGUUCAUCAUCCUCGCCAAUGAAGGCGGCCUGUGCUCUCUGACUAUAGACAAAGCUCUCCCAGAGGAUGAAGGACAGUAUAAAUGCAGAGCCGAGAAUGCAGGAGGAAAAGCUGAAUGUUGCUGUAUGGUUCUCGUCGAUGAUCCGACAGAGAACUCUCCAACUGACAAGAAGUCCAAGAAGGCGACUCCGACCUCAGAGAGUGAAGCCAGAAUAAAGAAACCAACCGCCAAGACUCCGCCCAAACAAGCUGCUCCUCCUCAGAUCCUGCAGUUCCCAGAGGACAUGAAGAUCCUGGCGGGAGAGAAGGUGGAGAUCCUCUGCAAGUUCUCUGGAGCUCCGCCCAUCAACUGCACCUGGCUGAAGUUCAGGAAACCAAUCCAGGAGGGCUCGUCUGAUAUCUCCAUAGAGAGCACAGACAGCAGCAGUAAACUGACCAUCAGCAGCGGUCAGCAGGAACACUGUGGGUGUUACACUAUCGAGCUGAGGAACAGCUACGGCCUCCGACAGGCUGCCCUCAACCUCACCAUCGUCGAUAAACCCGACCCCCCAGCGAAAGUCCCCGCAGCCUCAGACAUCCGGCGGUCCAGUCUGACUCUGUCAUGGUACGGGCCGACCUAUGACGGAGGCAGCGCCGUGCAGUCCUAUAACCUGGAGAUCUGGGACUCUGUGGACAAGCAGUGGAAACACCUGGUGUCCUGCAACAGCACCUCCUACAACAUACAGAACCUUCUUCCAGAACGUCAGUAUAAAUUUCGCAUCCGUGCGGAGAACGUCUACGGAGUCGGAGAACCAAGUGCCGAAUCUGAACCUGUGACUGUUGGACUAGUGGACGAUGAGGAAGAGGCCGAGGUAGAGGAGGAGGAUGAAGACUCAGAGAAGGAGCCGGACUACAGAGACGUGACUAUCAGAACAGACACGAAGGUGAAGGAGCUGUAUGACGUCGAGGAGCGGCUGGGGACGGGGAAGUUCGGUCAGGUCUUCAAACUGGUGGAGAAGGCGACGAAGAAGGUCUGGGCGGGGAAGUUCAUCAAGGCGUACUCGGCAAAGGAGAAGGAGAACGUCCGGCAGGAGAUCGGCAUCAUGAACAGCCUGCAUCACCCCAAACUGGUCCAGUGUGUUGAUGCCUUUGAGGGCAAGUCCGACAUCGUCAUGGUGCUUGAGAUGAUCUCAGGCGGCGAGCUAUUUGAGCGCAUCAUAGACGAGGACUUUGAGCUGACGGAGAGGGAGGUGAUCAAAUACAUGCUGCAGAUCAUCGACGGAGUCAGCUUCAUCCACAAACAGGGCAUCGUCCACCUCGACCUCAAACCUGAGAACAUCAUGUGUGUCAACAAGACCGGCAGCAAGAUCAAACUCAUCGACUUCGGCCUUGCCCGCCGACUAGAAAACGCAGGAACUCUUAAGGUUUUGUUUGGGACUCCAGAGUUCGUGGCUCCAGAAGUGAUCAACUAUGAAGCCAUCAGUUAUCCCACUGACAUGUGGAGUAUAGGAGUCAUCUGUUAUAUACUGCUGAGCGGUUUGUCUCCCUUCAUGGGCGACAACGAUAACGAGACUCUGUCCAACGUCACCUCGGCCACCUGGGACUUUGAGGACGAGGCCUUCGAUGAAAUCUCAGAUAACGCCAAAGACUUCAUCACCAACCUGCUGAAGAAAGACAUGAAGGCUCGGCUCACCUGUGCUCGGUGUUAUGAACACACCUGGCUGAAGCAAGACACCAACACCAUGAAGGCCAAGAAGCUCUCCAAGGAGAGGAUGAAGAAGUACAUCCUGAGGAGGAAAUGGCAGAAAACGGGUCACGCUGUCCGAGCCAUCGGCAGACUGUCGUCCAUGGCCAUGAUGGCCGGAGUGAGCGCCAAGAAGGGCUCACCCACCGAAGAGGAUAACCAGUUCCUGGAGUGUUUGGAGUACGAGCAGAAGACUGAGUGUAAGCCGACAUUCAGCUCAGUCAUCAAAGACGUGGAGGUGGUGGAGGGCAGCGCCGCUCGCUUCGACUGCAAGAUCGAAGGUUACCCCGACCCAGAGGUGGUGUGGUACAAAGACGAACAGCCGAUCAAAGAGACCCGACACUUCCAGAUCGACUACGACGAAGAGGGAAACUGUAGUCUGGUCAUUUCAGAGGUGUCAGGCGAUGACGACGCCAAGUACACAGUGAAGGCAGUCAACAGUCUUGGGGAGGCAACGUGCACCGCUGAGCUGCUGGUGGAGGUGAUGGCUGGAGAGGAGGAGGAGGAGGAGGAAGAGGAAGAGGAAGAGGAGGAAUAAAUCAGUGUUGGUCUGGACUCCCACAGGAAGCGUAGGAGGAGGUGGUGCUUUUCUUCAGCUUGUCCGACCUGAGCAGAAAACACCCAUAAAUAACAGAUUGUGAUUGGAGGAGCAGGUGGGCGAGGUUUGUAUUGAGCGUGUAAUGACAGUAUUUAAAAAAAGUCUCUAACUCACCAGUCAAACCACACACCGAACAGCGCAACUAUAAUCUCUUUUAGUGAUGGUCAAACUCUGCCCACCUGACACCUGGAGAACAGAAGCCCCGUCCCUUUCAGGUUAGCCUCUAUUCAUUGGUGGGUCUCCUCUUACAUUGUAUUUCAUUGCUCUUUCUUAAAGAUGUAUAAUUAAAACAGGAUACCUGGGUUUUCUGUCCAUUCUUAAUAUAAUAUUUAAUAUUGAUUCUCACAAUUUUAAAUAAUUUUUAGCAUGAGUGGCGCCGUGGAGCAAUGUCUUGAUUAGCGGAUCUCCAUUUUGAAAAAAAAUAAAUAAUUGGUAAUGAGGAAUUAGACUGCUAGCUAGUAAACACUGAUCUUAAAUAUUCCAAAAAUCUGUUUUUAACCCAGUGUCAUGUUUCAGGUCUUCACCAAAGACCGAAAAAACCUUCCUGAGGAAACUCACUGAUGAAGAGUUGCUAGCUGAACACAUACUAGUCUUUAACUUCAGUUUGAUGCUUAUGAAAUGUGAAAACGUUUAUUCAUCAUUAACACUGAGCUCCAGCUCCCAGGGCCCCAUCAUCAAAGACUCAUGGGAGCUGUAGUUGUUGUCAUUGUUUGCAGGGCGUGGGGCUUUAACUGUCUGUUUAACCAACCCAUGAAAACUGUACUGUAUGUGAACCAGACCUGCUCCCUGUGGGAGUCCAGGUGAGGAAGAAGAGGGUAUGAUGGAAGAAGUGAAGAGGAAGAAUGAUGAAGAGCUUUAUAUUCACAGAGCUGGGCCACGCCAGAAUAAAGUGGCUUACUGUGAAAAAGCUCCAGUGGCUCCAAACAUCAAGACAGAACUCCAGAAGUAUUUAAGUUGUGUUAGCGUCGCAGCUAACGGUGUGGUGAAGACGAGAGGGAUGAAAAUUACAUUUGUCACCUAAAGAUGAUCCAGAUGUUACUGAUGAUCCCUUCGAGAGAGUCAGACAGCUAACUAGCAUUAGUUAGCAAACAUAACCCCUACUAUUGGUAGCCCAAUAGCUAAUAAACAUUAGCUAAUUAGCAGCAGAGGGUAGGGCUGUGACAGCUUAAUUAAAACAGUUUCAACCACAAGAAUAAAAUUAGUGCAAACAAAACUCAAAUCAGUUAUUUAAAGAUUACUGAAUGGUCUAAUUAUGUACAGAAAUAACUGGAUGCAACCCUAAAGCUAACAGGUAACAGCUAACAAGCUAACAGCUAACAGUGCAGGGUAUACAGAGGUAUACCCACCUCUUUUUUCUGGCAGUUUACAGUAUACCAACCUAUCAGCCAAAAAGCCAGUGGAAUAUAUAGAAGAGUAAACCCACUUCCUUCCCGAUAAAAUACCCAUCUAAUUACUAGUACACCCACCUCUUCGACUACACUAAACCACGGCUAAUACUGGUUUGCUAACGUCAGCUAACAAACAUUAGCAGCAGACAUCUGAGCUGUGAGAAGUGAAUUAAAACAACUUUAGUCAUAUAAAUACAUUUUAUACCAAAUAUAUGACUCAGAUUAUUUGAAAAACUAAUAAAUCAGUAACUGCAACAACAAAGCUAACUUAAGAGCACUAAGUAGAAUUGGUUUGCUGACGUCAGCCUACAAACAUUAGCAGCAGACAUCUGAGCUGUUCAACCGAUGUUAGCUCGCUAGCUAAGAAUAAUUAUUAACUAAGGUUUCUGCUGAGGGGGGUGAAAUAAAUAAUUUACAGGUAAAUAACUAAAGGACCCAAACAGUAGAAAAUGGAAUGAAUGUGUAAGUAAUAAACUAGAGGUAACUUUAGAUGGAGCUCCUUAACAUUUAAUGUUAGCCUGACUGUUAACUGUUAGCUGACAACUGUGAACCAUGCGAACAUGGUUUGUAAUGAAUAAAUAAACAAAUUAUAAAACUAAUACAUGUAUUAAUCAGUUAUUAAAGUAUUAAACUGGAUUCAGCCCUAAAGCGAACAUCAAAUGAAGAAAUAUUUGUGGCUAUGGUCACUGAGGUUAGCUCACCAGCUAAUACAAAUUAGCUCAUUAGCAGCAGAGCUAUAGAGUGUAAGAAUUAAAACAAGGGAUAGAAAAAGAAUAAUCAAAUAAUUAAAGGUUUGGACCGUCAGAAUACAAUUUGAACACAAUGACCAAGAAAAACACAGUUAGCUUGGUAGCUAACGUUGGCAUAAUCCACUUCCACAGUGAUGUUAGCGUAGCUGUCAGACCUGUUUUGAUUUGAGCGUUCUCCAUGUUAGUCUCAGAUUUAGUUUUCAUGUUCUACAACUGUUACCUAGACUUUGGUUAAAAUAGUAGUUUGCUACAGAAGAACACCAGGAAGUGAUAACGUUUACUUCAACACACAGGGUUUAUGGGUAAUGAAGUCUUCCAAGUUCAAACAGUUUCGUGGUGUUGCCACUCUGAGCUGCUACAAACCGAAUGCCUUAACGCUGACGUGACCUCGCUCUGUGAAAAUAAGGCUGAGGGUGAGAGGCGGAAUGGUGACAGUGAUGAUGAUAACUUAUAUAACAAUAACCCAUUUGUAGUCUAUAAUCUAGCUGCUCCCUCUUUGCAUCCGAUAUGUUCAGCUGCGAAACGUUGAAUGUGUCUGUUUGUUUCUUCUCUUCUGUUUGAGCACUUUUCUCGUUACGUUUGUAUUUUUGACUUCGACAGCAGUUUUACCAGCUCACAUCACCUCCGCCUUACGUUGUUCGCCUUAAAGCAACAAGGUGACGCUUUUAACGAUCGUCUGGGUGAUUUAAAACUUUUCUACCACACAUUUAUCACGUCGUGGAACGAAAUAAGUCUUUUUAUCUUGAAAAGACGUUCGUUAGCAUGUAUAGAUGAUCGUCCAGAAUACCCAGAAUGUUUUAUCAGCUCACUGAGUUUUAAAACUUAGCACACGUUGAAGUUUAGGUUGAAAACACCCGGACAUUUUGAGAUUUUAUGAAAAUCGUGAUAGUACAAGACGUUUUCUCAUAAUCGUGACUCGUGAUCAUGUAAUUAUAAACACAUUUUCACAAUGUCUUAUUACGAGAUACGUAUUUCAUAAUUUCAUUAUUUCUAUUCUGAGUUUGUUGUUAUGUAAUAUUAAACAUCAUGGUGACACAAAGAAGGAAACACUUUAAGAAUCACAGUGAUGUCAUGUUUGACAGACAAAAUGAUUUUAUAUUUUUUUACUGAGCGUUCAGGACGAUAGAAAUAUCGAGGGAAUUUUAUCGAUUUGGCUCAAAGCGAAGUUCGACCAGCAGCUCCAGAUGACCUUUGACCCCUUGGUGUGUGUCUGGUAGAAACCGGAUGUGAUUUAAAGGCGUCUCUGGUGAGCUGACGUAUUUGCGUUCACGCUGAUGUCGAAGUCGUAUCUUUAACUUUUUUUUCUUUUCUUUUUUUUUUUUUUUUGCCACAUUCCAGCUGUUUGUGCUUUAAAACAUUUAUUUAAAGGUUUUCAGGGCUGAUUCAGUUUUCAACCAAAAACCAAAGAAACUUCUUUACGAAUUCACAGGUGUGUGUUUGUGUGUGAUCCAUCUAAUGUUUAACCCUUUCCUGGGCCUGUGUGUGUGUUUGGUGGUUGUUUGUUUUUCAGAAUGUUUUUAUUUUUAGACUUAUUUAAUGCACAGAUUCAUAAUUCUAAUAUUAUCAUUUGAGCAUCCGUCUUCUUGGAGAUCUUCUUCGCCACCACUUAAUUUGUCACUGUUCUUACAACUAAACCAAGCAGUGGACUCACUCCUAGACUGGUUUGUUUUUGUAUUAGAUGUAUGUAGAUUAUAUUUCUCUAAUUUUUAUAAAUAUAUAUCAGUUUGAUGAACUGCAGAUGACAUGUAUGAGAACACUACGACUGUAGUUACUCACAGAUACCAAAUAAAUUUAUCACAAAACCAAA